AUGCUCCUGGACUACUUACAACAUCGCCGUGACUGCCGGUUCAAGCAGGAUGAGCGUGCACGUCGCAUUCGCGGCCUGACUGCAUAUCAUGCCCCCUUCAGUCCAUUGGAUCGGGACAUCAUCAACAAGCCAAUUGAGCAACUCGUCCAAGAAGUGCACAAGGAUCCAAGCAAGGCUGCCGACCUCCUCCACACUUAUGGAAAGGUCGCAUUAAAAGCCCACGAAAAGACCAACUGUGUGACUGAAGUCCUCAUUGAAGAUGCUGAGAAGUGGAUCAAAGAUGGUUCCAUCAACUUCAAGGGCCCUCUUGCCGGUAUCCCCGUCAGCUUGAAGGACACCAUUGAUGUAAAGGACUAUGAUAGCUCUGUCGGCGUGACCAGUAAUGUUCACAAACCCAAGACUGAAGAUGGCGUCACGGUCAAGCUGCUAAAGGAGUUGGGCGCCGUUCCGUACAUCAAGACAAAUGUGCCCAUCACCCUGCUUAGUUUCGAGUCCGCCAAUGACCUCUGGGGUCGUUCUACCAAUCCUUACAACAGCAAGUAUACUCCAGGUGGCUCCACUGGUGGUGAAGGCGCUCUGCUUGCCUUGGGCGGUAGAAUUGGUAUUGGCAGUGAUGUUGCUGGUAGCGUUCGAUGCCCUGCACACUUCUCUGGUAUUUACUCUCUCAAGUGCUCGACGGGUCGAUGGCCCAAGCUGGGCAUGACCACAAGCAUGCCGGGCCAGGACGGUAUUCCUGCCGUUUAUAGCCCAAUGGCCAGAACACUGAAUGAUCUCUUCUACUUUACUCGCGCGGUUCUCGAGAAGGGCACCUACAACUACGACUACUCGUGCCACCCUAUCCCUUGGAGAGCUGAUGUUGUUAAGGAGUACAAGGAGAAGAAGGGCAUGAGGGUUGGUGUUCUGCGAACAGACGGUGUCAUUGACCCUAGUCCGGCCUGCAAACGGGCUUUGGAGAUGACUGAGGCCGCCCUGCGCCGAGAUGGACACGAAAUUGUUGAGAUCAACCCUCCCGAACCCUAUGAAGCUCUCUAUUUGGCCUCCCGCCUCCUGUGCGCGGAUGGUCUUGAUACUGUCCGUGGAUUCUUUAGGACUGGUGAAUGGAACGACCGUGGUGUGGCUCAGAUGCGAUUCUAUGCACAGCUUCCCAGUCCUAUCAAGUACCUGUAUUAUCUCUGGGUACGAUACAUCCGCCGCGAUUCUCUUUGGGCCGGUCUGCUUCGUGACUGGCAUCGCACUACCACUACCGAAUACUGGGCACUCAUUGGCCGCAGAGAAGCUUUCAAGAGAAAAUGGUGGGAGUAUUGGCAGGCUACCAACUUGGACUUUAUCAUCGCUCCACCCAAUGCUACUCCUGCCGUUCCUCAUGACGGUAUGCACGAUGCUGUCAGCAGCUGUGGCUACACUUUCAUGUUCAACUUGCUCGAUUACAGCGCUGGCGUCAUUCCCGUUACACACGUAGACAAGACUAAAGAUCAACUCCCUGCUGGCUUCAACAUCCGGAAGCUGAAUGGCAUUGCUCGUGGUGCUUACAAGCUGUACGACGCCGACGACAUGCAUGGCCUCCCCGUUGGUGUGCAGGUUAUUGGGCGCAGAUUAGAAGAAGAGAAGGUUCUCGCUCUGAUGGAGCGCGUAGAGGAGGCACUCGGAGAUGACAAGUUCAAGUUGUUGGAGGUUGAUUAA